ACAAUAAGCAGCAAGAGUAAAGUUCCAAUCUUUAAAAUAAUGAAGUCGCCAGAAGUGAGAAGAAGUCCAGCCGUUUGCAAAAAGUCUCUGGCAUUCUAUUCAUCGGUGGAAGGAAAAUCACCUUCACUUCAUUUCACCAUGCACAGAAGUGAAUUCCAAGGCAGCGAACCCAAUACUACUCAAUGGGAAUCGUUGUGCUCUCUGAAAUUUUGGACUCCAUAUACAAAGAAAAAACACGUGUGGCAUUCAUGUCGUCUGAGAAUGGUGAAACCUCUUCAGAAGAAGAUCUGGCAUAUAAAAUGGACAAGUGGAUGCUCAUCACCGUUAGUUGACCGAAAACAUUCUGAAUAUGAACGCCUUAUACUUGUAUACUAUCCUAACCUCUCUCCUUGUGAGUAAGGUCAAGUCCUUUGACAACCUUGAUGAAAUAAUUCGGAAUGAAGACAAGAACCUAAUUCAUUCUUACAAGAAUCCCCUCACUCCUUCGAAACGAAGUACGCCAUGGUCAAGAUCCAUGGACAUGGAAACCACCCUGAUCCGGAACAUUUUGACUACCUUAGAUCAUGGCCCAAAUGAAAUAAAUGCCACCGAAAUUAUGAAUGUCAUUCAAGAGCGAUUGCAUCAUUUUUCGAACCGGAGCAAAAGACAAACUGAGAAUGACCCUUCAUUCACAUUCGUUUGUUCGCAUCAAAAGUUUCAACCCAAAAUCAGAUGCGACCCCAAAUACCCCUUUCGAAGCAUCAACGGCCAAUGCAACAAUUUAAUCCAACCGGACUGGGGUUCUAUCAACCAGCCCAUGGAGAGGUUGGUCCCUAAUGCUUACGGUGAUGGUAUUGGCGUGCCAAGGGGUGGAUUGAGCUCCAGUAAAAGGCCAAGCCAAUUUGCCCGGCCAGAGACUUCUUGCUUGAAAGUGAAUCAUGGAAGUCCACUACCUAACCCGAGGUUGAUAUCGACAACUUUUCAUCCUGAUUCUAAAGAGGACAGCGGGACCAAUACGUUAAUGGUAAUGCAAUUUGGGCAAUACCUUGAUCAUGACAUCACUUUCACGGUGGAAUCCUUCCAUCAACGGGAUUGCUGUGAGGAUCCAAGUCAGAGGGAAUGUUUUCCCAUCUAUAUUCCCGCGCAGGAUCCUUUCUUUGGACCGGGCAAAGCAAAUCGAAGAACGUGCAUCAAUUUUGCUCGUUCCACACAUCACUGUCCGAUUCCGAGCAAGCCCGUGGAACAGAUGAACACCCUCACGGCAUUUGUUGACGCCUCACAUACAUAUGGGUCAUUUCAAGCUGAGGCCGAAAAGUUGAGGACUUUUGUCCAUGGAUUACUCCGAACUUCCAGGAGAAGCCUUCAAGGCAAAGAGAUGCUUCCAGUGGAUUCCGAGGGUCAUUUUUUUUCGGGAGAUAUCCGUGGAACUGAGAUGCCAGGCUUAGCUUCAGUUCAUACAAUGUUCAUUCGAGAGCACAAUCGAAUUGCAAGGGAACUCGGAGAUCUUAAUCCUCGUUUUUCAGACGAAGAACUCUUUCAACGAACUCGGCAGAUUGUUGUUGCUCAGUGGCAAAACAUCGUUUAUGGAGAGUACUUACCUAUUAUCUUGGGACCACGGUUGAUUGCGAAAUUCCGACUUGGAAUGGGUCGGUCCAAAUACAAUCCCAAAACCAAUCCCACGAUUACUAAUGCAUUUGCCACAGCGGCUUUUCGCUUCGGCCACAGCCAAAUCCAAAGCUUGAUUCAAAUGAUGUCGGGACUCGGGAACGUGACCAAGACCUACCGACUCCGCGAUCAUUUUUUCGAUAUGAGCAAUUACUUGGAAAAUAAUGGGGAAGGAAUGGAACAACUUUUACAAGGGAUGAUAUCUCAAAAAGCUGCAGAGGACGACCGCUUUGUCACUGGCGACGUUACCAAUUUCUUGUUCCCAGGCAUCGACCUGGUUGCCAGAAACGUUCAACGAGGGCGUGACCACGGGCUACCUGGGUAUAACCGGUACAGAGAUCUCUGUGGAUUAGAAAAAGCCUGUUCUUGGAUUGAAGUCCCAUCUGGUAUGUCUCAGGAAAAUUGGAAACGCCUCAGCCAGAUCUACGCCAGUCCCAAUGACAUUGAUCUAUUUGUAGCGGGAUUGGCAGAAAACAACCUGGACGGGGGGGCUGUUGGGCCAACGUUCGCUUGUAUUUUGGCGCGACAGUUUCAAAACCUAAAAUUCGGCGAUCGAUUCUUUUUCUCCCACAUCCCCGGCAAAGAUGUGACAAAUCACCUCUCUCCGGCCCAGUUCAAAGCCAUUCGUAGACGGACUUUGAGAGACAUUUUGUGCCAAAACACGAAUAUUCCAUUGGCUCAAGAAAAUCUCUUUAAAGCCAACCAGAGGGUUUUCUCUUGCAGACAUAUCAACAAAUUGGAUCUAAGACUAUUUUCUUUGUGAACCGCACUUUAACUAACAUCACUUUUCCCCUCGUACCUGAUCGUUUGCUUAUGAAUACUAAUCUGUUGUUGCAAGCUUAUUCUAGCUUUCAAACUAUUAACCCUUUGACCAUAGCUUUAUUGUUUUAAAAAGAAAUAAAACCAAUACCAGACAAACUGCCAAACGUAUUUCUUUUGUUGCCAAUGUGAUCGUACCGUAGUGACAAAUAAUUUAAACCAAUAAUUUUAGUCGAUUCAUAUACGUUGGCCUCUGUAUGACACCAUU